ACUAUUUGCACAAAUAAUCACUAUAGAAAUAGAUGUUCACUUGGACGUAGGAGACGAGAGAGCCGCGCUUGUAGCAUUUGUAUUGAGCUAAAAUCCGGUUGGGAGUUUUCGAUUUGCGUCCCGAAAAAUUCGUCCAAAAGUUGAAAAACUACAGGCUAUUUAUUAUCCACUCACAUCAUCGACAAGCAAGAGAAGGAUUACUUCAAUACGCUCAAUCGAGAAGGAGAGGAAUGAGCUUUACGAGGAAUACUCUUGUUUUACAAAGGACAGGGGUCAAGAGCUGCCUGCGCAGCCAUGCCUCUGGCUUCGUUCAACAACGACGAGGCAUCUCCGUGCACGCCGACAACCUUGCGUCAAUAAUCGCUGCCGCGACAACAGACGCUACCCCCGACGUGAUUGUCAUCGGCGGCGGUCAUGCGGGAUGCGAAGCAGCGGCCGGAGCGGCGCGGACGGGCGCGCGAACGAUGUUGCUCACGCAGUCUAUCGCCGGGAUCGGGACCGCGAGCUGUAACCCAUCCAUCGGCGGAGUCGGCAAGGGAAACAUCGUGCGCGAGAUCGACGCGCUCGGAGGCGUGAUGGGUCGGGUUGCUGAUUUGGGCGGGACGUAUUUCUCGAUUUUGAACGCCACCCGCGGACCUGCGGUGUGGGGACCGCGGUGCCUGAUUGACCGGAAAUUGUACAAGAAGCAUAUGCAGAACGAGAUGUUGAACUAUCCCGGAUUGCAGGUCAAGGAAGGAAGCGUCCGGGAUCUUAUUAUCGAGCACUACGCGCAUGAUUCGAGUACCCCCGGAAGCCGAAAGCACGGCGUCAUUCGUGGCGUCAUCUUGGACAAUGGCGAGGUCAUCCCCACAAAGAAAGUAAUCAUCACCACCGGCACCUUCCUACGCGGCGAGAUCCACAUCGGUCUACACUUCUACCCUGCCGGUCGCAUCAACGAGCCCGCGUCGUUUGGAAUUAGCGAAACGCUGGCCGAAGCGGGCUUUGAGCUUGGUCGCAUGAAAACCGGUACGCCGCCGCGACUGGACGGCAGGACGAUCAAUAAACGCAUUCUGCCGGUUGCGCCUGGAAGCAAGACUCCGCAGCCGUUCAGCUAUAUGCACGAUCGCGUUGCUCUCGAUUACCAGAUUCCGGUGCAUACGACCUGCACGAACGAGACAUCGCACAACAUCAUUCGCGACAAUCUACACACGACAUUGCAUAUCCGCGAGACCGUGCGCGGCCCGCGGUACUGCCCUUCGAUCGAGUCGAAGAUUAUCAGAUUCGCAGACAAGAAGUCGCAUCUGAUCUGGCUCGAGCCGGAAGGGUUCGAUACAGAUAUUGUCUAUCCCGCGGGUUUUAGCGUGACACUGCCUGCGGAUCUGCAGCUUAAAGUCCUGCGCACGAUACUGGGACUCGAGGAUGUCACGAUGACGCAGCCGGGGUACGGAGUUGAGUACGAUUUCGUUGAUCCGCGGCAGCUGAAGCCGACGCUCGAGACAAAGCCUAUCGACGGACUCUACCUGGCCGGACAGAUCAACGGCACGACCGGAUACGAAGAAGCAGCGGGCCAGGGUAUAAUGGCGGGCCUGAACGCCGGGUUUGCAAGCCAAGACCAGGACCCGCUUGUGCUGUCGCGCAGCGAUGCAUAUAUUGGCGUGAUGAUUGACGACCUGAUCACAAAGGGCGUGGAGGAGCCGUAUCGCAUGUUUACUUCGCGCGCGGAGUUUAGGCUGAGCUUGCGCUCAGAUAACGCAGACUCGCGCUUGACGCCUGUGGCAUACGAGCGCGGGAUAGUUUCAGAGGAAAGAUAUGCGCGGGCGAAAAAGUCUAUGGAGCUGGUUGAGCAAGCGAUUGAGUGCUUGAGGAACAACAAGAUGUCGUUGAAGGCGUGGUCAAAUAUUGAGAAUAUCCCUCUAUUCCGUGGUAUUGGUGCACGGACAGGGUUUGAGAUGGUCGAGCAGCACACUGAACUGUGCCGACCAAUGCUGACCGGUCUCGGCUUUGAGAGACUGGAUGAGCUCGAUACAACGACCGUGAAUAAGAUUGCGUUCGAAGCACAGUACUACCACUUAAUUCGGCGCGAGAAUGCAAACAUCAAAGCAUUCAGGGAGAGCGAGGAGAUCAAGCUGCCGUCGGGAAUCGAUUACUCGCAGUUUCCGAUGUGGUUUUCAACAGAGGCAAUCACGGCCCUGAAUAAAGUCCAACCGACAACUCUGGGCCAGGCGAAACGGAUCCAGGGAACCACGCCGGUUGAGAUCAUGCAGCUGAUGCGACUGAGGUAUAAGCUGGCGGCUAUUGCUAAAGAUCAAAUGAGCGAGCAAAAGACUGCUGAGCCUGGAGUCUUCGUCGACGGACCUGCCCUAGGGGCGCAGUUAUGAAAAGUCUUUAUAUAGAAGAGGAGUUUUGCUAGUCUAGCUUGGAUAGAUUCAUUUGUUGGUUUGUAAGAUAGGGCUAUUUUUAUAUAAUACAGUAUAUUCUAAACUAUUUCCUGUCCACCAA